AUGGCUCCCCGACUUGCACCCUCCCAGCUUGUGAUGAUCCGGGAUGUGCAAACGUUCGUUCAUAACCAGCAAUGCCAUGUCCAAAUGUUUGGCGUCGUCCGAGCGUCCCUGACCCCUGGCGGCCGUCCCGGUGUGAUCACACCCGUCAUGCUCGAAGCGCCAUGCGAAUACUUGGUAGCGAACCCGGAUUUAUAUCUGGAUAAUGGCAGAGCUCUCGUAAGAUGA